AUGCCGACUCCUCCGUACACUUCGCCAAGCAGACCUAAAUAUGGGUUUCAAUUUCAAUUGGGAGAUAUGUUUGUAUCAAAUUUCACUCUCUCCUCCCCCAACAGACCCAAAUCACUAAGCAACAACGGGAGAGAGAGGGGGGUUGGAUGGGCUGGGUUCCCCAGAGAAGAGGCUGAGGAUGGGGUGGAAGAGGUUGGGAUAGGGUGGAGCUUUUGGGAGAAGGGUGGUUGGGCGACGACAGAGGAGUGGCUGAGGGGUGGGGGUUCGUCGGGAGGGAGAGAGUUUUGGAUUCGCUGA